AUGGCCGCCGGCGGCCGGCCGUGGCGCGUGAUCCCCCGUCCUGUACUCGAGACCGUCCUCUACAACCACGCGCUCCGCCCGCGCGUGCCACAGCCGCUCCUCUUCCACGGGCCCCGCGGCGUCGGCAAGUCCACGCUACUCCUCCACCGCCUCCUCCCGCGGUGGUCCGACCCGCCCCACGCCACCGCAUUCGUCGAUUUCCUCCAUCCCACGCCGAGUUCUCCCGCCGCUGCCCCGUGGUCCCUCCUCCCCGCCGACCCAGCGUCGCCCCCCUCGCUGCACAACCUCCGCCUCCGCCUCGAGUCCGCGCUUGAGGGCCUCGCCCGCGCCGCCGUCCUCUGCGGCGCUGUGGGAUCUAAGGACGUGCUCGCCGCGCUCUCCCGCAACCACGGCCUCAGCACCGCGCUCUCCCGCCUCUGGGGGCCCUCCGCCACCCGCUCCUCGGCCGCCUCUGUGCCAGCCCGCCGCUCUUCGGCGACCUCCGUGCCGGCGCUCUGGUCGAGGGCCGUGCUCGCCGCGGUGCGCAGGGACGACACACUCCGCAUUGGCGAGGGAGAGGCGACCAACUGCUCCAUGGAAGAGAGGGCAUACAUGCAGGAGGCAAUGGCGUCCUUGCGAGUGGCUAAGGAGGUGCUUGGAAUGCAGGAGGGGUGGAGGAAGGAGGCAAUUAGGGAGAUGAAUAGAACUGGGCGGUUCUCGCGCUCCUUGGCCAAUUCGGCUACUGACUGGCCAUGCCUGUUGCUGGAUGUUCUGUCGGGUGCUGCAGAGGAGGAGUUCUUCCAGCCAAAGCUGGUCCUGAACAAUGUGGAUGUUUUGAGAAAGGCAAUUUGUGAGGACGAGACGAUGGUGCCUGCGGCGAUGUACCAUGAUAGCUUCAUUUGGAGGGUGAUUGCACUUGGCGCGAAUGAACAGUGCUUGCCAGUUAUUAUGUCGACUUCAGAUGGGUAUUAUUCUUCCCAAGCGUUCGUUGAUUUUGGUUUUCCAAACAUAUUUAUUUCUCGUGAGACAUUUGGUUGGACGGCACAAGAAGCUAAGCUGCAUAUGGUUUCUGAAUUCUUCAGUGAACAGGAGUGGAAAGUUGUAGAUGAGGUUCUUGGGCCAAACCCACGGCAGUUAUCUGAGAUAUAUAUGCUAAAGCAAAAGGCGAAUAGCCCAGAGGUUCUUCAUGACAGAAAUAUUGAGGAAAUUAUUGAUACGUACCUGGCACACUUGCAAGUCUCUGUUGUUAAUCCAGCCAUGGAGAAGGCACUAAAAAUGCUGCAGAAGUUUGCCUCAGAUGUCCGUGAGGGUAAAGUACCAGAGAACAGAUUGUCUUUUGGUGCACCCUGGAGACAUCCACCUCGGGAUGACAACCCUGACUUGUCCUAUAAAUGGGCGAAGAUUCAGCUAAUGGAUUUUAUCCAAUCCUUUGUGAACACUGAGUUUGGGGUGAACUACCUAGCAGAUGUCAGCUUAGAAAUAUUGGAUGAUCCUGCUGCUGUUGCCAUGAUGGAGGCUUGCUCAACAGAGGUUACAAUUGAACAUUCAAGAAACGCUAGCAUUCUUUUGGCAACGUUUGAUACGGGGGCGAAGCUACCGCCACUUGAUGAAAGAAGUUGGCUACAAGUAAAGAGGCUUGAUGCUACUGUUAAAAGUAACAAGUACUCCGUACUUAGUAGCAAAUAUUUUGUGGAAAAAUGA